AUGGACCACCCGGGAAACAUCAAAGCGGGCCCCGUCAUAAGCACAUCAACGAGCAGCAUGAAUUGUAGACCGAACGCACGGGGCAGGCAGGUAAUUACAGGGGGCCAGAAAGGACGACCACCGGAGGAAUGCAGCCAGGCCAUCGGUCCCCCGGAUGCGUGGUUGUCGAGCGUGUCUCAGUCCGCCCAGCUUGACGGUGUCAAGCAAAACAUGGAUGAGGCCGUGGCUUGCGCUUUGUGGGGACGCGGACAAGCACCGGAGCCGCCUCAGCCAAACCCAGAGCGGGCUGGUAGCUGA